AUGUUGACAGAAACAGUGGGACCCGAUCAGAUAGCUGAGGUGGUGAGUCGAUGGACAGGGAUCCCGGUGACUCGACUCGGAACCAAUGAGAAAGAGCGGUUAAUCGGAUUAUCCGAUCGGUUGCAUCAACGGGUCGUUGGUCAAGACCAAGCGGUUAGUACGGUGGCUGAAGCGGUGCUGAGGUUACGAGCCGGGCUCGGGAGGGCUCAGCAGCCGACCGGAUCCUUCCUGUUCUUGGGUCCCACAGGUGUUGGGAAAACCGAACUUGCAAAGGCUCUUGCGGAGCAGUUGUUUGAUGAUGAGAAGCUGAUGAUAAGAAUUGAUAUGUCGGAGUAUAUGGAGCAGCAUUCGGUGUCACGGCUGAUCGGAGCUCCACCGGGGUAUGUUGGUCAUGAAGAAGGUGGUCAGUUGACCGAGGCUGUGAGGAGGAGACCUUACAAUGUUGUGUUGUUUGAUGAAGUUGAAAAAGCUCAUCAAUCCGUGUUCAACACGCUUCUUCAAAUGUUGGAUGAUGGAAGGUUGACCGAUGGUCAAGGUCGAACGGUUGACUUCACAAACACAGUCAUCAUCAUGACUUCGAAUCUUGGAGCUGAGUAUUUGCUAAAAGGGUUAUCUGGGAAAACAACAAUGGAGAAUGCUCGAGAAAUGGUGAUGAAAGAAGUGAGGAAGCAUUUCAAACCGGAGCUCCUGAACAGACUUGAUGAGAUUGUGGUUUUUGAUCCUUUAUCUCAUGAUCAAUUGAGGAAAGUUGCUCGGCUUCAGUUGAAGGAUGUGGCUGUUCGAUUGGCUGAGAGGGGUGUUGCUUUGGGUGUCACGGAGGCGGCAUUGGAUGUGAUACUGAGUCAGAGUUAUGAUCCGGUGUAUGGGGCAAGGCCGAUUAGGAGGUGGCUGGAGAGGAGGGUAGUGACUGAGUUAUCAAAGAUGCUGAUAAGAGAAGAGAUCGAUGAGAACCAGCUGUGUACAUAG